AUGCCCGAAGAGAACCCCGAGGGAAAAGAUGGUUACUGUUGGAGUUGCGUGAGUAAAGGACAAAUGAUGGAGUGUACGGCGGCAAAAUCGGUCCUUACGGGGAUGCGCUUUGCGUUCGACUUCAGUUCCGAAUCGUUUGUGGUUUAUGAACGCACGUGCAGCAAUACAAUGCACUACCUGCACAAAUUCGGCUAUCUGAGCACCUCUACGCCAAGUCUUCACGAACUUCGAUCUGCUCUACGGCUUUUCCAAAGCGUAGUGGGCGUGGAACCGACAGGAGAAUUGGAUGCCGCGACUGUGGAGGCUACACGUCGACCGCGAUGCUCUCAGCGCGAUAUCCGCAAGCAGACAGGUCGAUCCAAGCGAUUUGCACUCUCCGGCACCUCCAAAUGGGACAAAAAGCACUUCAUUGGUUUGCAUGAAUUGUCGUUAAAAUGGUUUGUCUCCGAGUACACGAAUGACAUCCCGAAGGCGAUCAUCCGCUCGACAAUCCAGAAAGCCUUCCAGCUUUGGGCAAAGCAAGCCAAUGAGAGGAACUUGCCAAAGGUGACGUUCCAUUUUGAAGAAGCUGCAUCGCAAGAGGAGGCUGACAUCAACAUAUUAUGGGCAACAGGUGCUCACGGGGAUCAACAUGAGUUUGAUGGCGCCUCUGCACAUGAGAACAUCCUGGCACACGCAUUCUUCCCCGGGCAUCCGGAGCCGCUCAACGGUGACAUCCACUUUGACGACGCCGAGACAUGGGAGACUGACCUCACUGCCGCCAUCAACUACAAUCGACGAUUCUUCCCCUACGUUCUGGCGCACGAAAUUGGCCAUGCACUUGGGCUUCAACAUGCGAAAAAGGAAGAAGCCAUCAUGUAUCCUUUCUACAAGAACAUUCCACUGGACGAGAUCAAACUCGCUUUGGACGACAAAUGCGGCAUCAACUGGAACUACGUGGGGUCGUCAAAGUACUGUCUAUUCGUUUGGUUGAUGAAUGAAAUUGUGCCAAUCCACAACAACUCUUCCCAGAUGGCGUCCAGCAAUCAUUUCAACAACAGUCCGAAGCAACGAAUUAAAGCAGCGAAGAGAAUUUUAAAACAAACCAGAAUCCCACGGUGUCUUGCUUCUAAUGAUGUGCAACGGUCGAUAGAAGCGAAACUGCAAAAAUUUUUACAUUUUCCCGCUGUGGAAUCAAAAACCUACAGUGAGGUGUUGUGUAACUUCUUGUUGGGUUUGCAUGCGUAUAGAGGUAGCCCCGAAUAUGCUGCUAGUGAAUCUAUUGAGAAAGAGUUCAAUGGUGUUAUGAAAGAGGUUUCCGAGUUCGGUCCGGCUUCGUCCGCUUCCAUCCGUCGAAUGACACGGAGGGCGCAGCGUCGCCUCGAGCAAGGAAAACCUUCCAUCCUUGACUCGUCGUUCUACGAUGAGACGUUCUUCGACGAUUUUCUGCCCGACUACUUGCGCCUACAGUAG